AUGGGCAUGGAGGGUCUUCUCCAGAACUCCACUAACUUCGUCCUCACAGGCCUCAUCACCCAUCCUGCCUUCCCCGGCCUUCUCUUUGCAAUAGUCUUCUCCAUCUUUGUGGUGGCUAUAACAGCCAAUGUGGUCAUGAUUCUGCUCAUCCACAUGGACGCCCGCCUCCACACACCCAUGUACUUCUUGCUCAGCCAGCUCUCCAUCAUGGAUACUAUCUACAUCUGUAUCACUGUCCCCAAGAUGCUCCAGGACCUCCUGUCCAAGGACAAGACUAUUUCCUUCCUGGGCUGUGCAGUUCAGAUCUUCCUCUACCUGACCCUGAUUGGAGGGGAAUUCUUCCUGCUGGGUCUCAUGGCCUAUGACCGGUACGUGGCUGUGUGCAACCCUCUACGGUACCCUCUCCUCAUGAACCGCAGGGUUUGCUUAUUCAUGGUUGUCGGCUCCUGGGUUGGUGGUUCCUUGGAUGGGUUCAUGCUGACUCCUGUUACUAUGAGUUUCCCCUUCUGUAGAUCCCGAGAGAUCAAUCACUUUUUCUGUGAGAUCCCAGCCGUGCUGAAGUUGUCUUGCAUAGACACAUCACUCUAUGAGACCCUGAUGUAUGCCUGCUGCGUGCUGAUGCUGCUCAUCCCUCUAUCCAUCAUCUCUGUGUCUUAUACGCACAUCCUCCUGACUGUCCACAGGAUGAACGCUGCUGAGGGCCAGCGCAAAGCCUUUGCUACGUGUUCCUCCCACAUUAUGGUGGUGAGCGUUUUCUACGGGGCAGCUUUCUACACCAACGUGCUGCCCCACUCCUACCACACUCCAGAGAAAGAUAAAGUAGUGUCUGCCUUCUACACCAUCCUCACCCCCAUGCUCAACCCACUCAUCUACAGCUUGAGGAAUAAAGAUGUGGCCGCAGCUCUGAGGAAAGUACUAGGGAGAUGUGGCUCCUCCCAGAGCAUCAGGGUGGUGACUGUGAUCAGGAAGGACUAG